AUGCCGCCGAAACGCGUAAAGAAGGUGAUGACCCUUCCCAUCAAUGUCAUCUUCUCGCACCUACAGAAAAAGACUCGUGUGAGAGUAGGCUUGUAUGAAGACACUCGUCUCCAAAUAGAGGGCCAGAUUAUUGGAUUUGAUGAAUACAUGAACAUGGUCUUGGAUGAUGCCGUGGAAAUUGAUUCCAAGAAAAACAAACGAGUGGAGGUUGGAAGGAUUCUACUCAAGGGGGAUUCUAUUACCAUGCUGCAAGAAGCACAACCAGUAAGGCCGAUGCCAGCAGGUGGGGACUAG